AUGGCCCGUCAAAACUCCUUGGAAUCCUCGAGACCCAUCAUGCCCAACAACCGUGCCUCCCAGCGAUUCUCCACCGUCAGUGGAGCCACUUCCAUUGCCUCCAACGGCGGCUUGCCCAGCGGUGACCCCCGCCUGGCUGAGGUCAACCAUGUGCGUGACGGCCUCGAGCGCCUCGAGAACAAGCCCCUCCAGAAGCAGCGUUUCGUCCCCACCGCUGAGAAGACCGAAAGCCUCGACAAGCUGGCCAUUGGUGCCAAGAUGGAACGCGCGCUCGGCCGCAGAAUGACCGGUCAGGAUGCCGUUAUGCGCAAGCCUGUUAUGAGCGAGAAGGCCGCAGCUGAGGCUUCUACUUGA